AUGGCGAAACUUUUCGCCUCGUUGCUGGCUUUGGCCGCUGUCGUCGCUGCAGAACCCAUCGCCAUCGCUCGUCGCGAGCCAUCUACAACUCUCGAUGGCCUCAACGCUGCUGCUGCGAGUUCAUCCUGCACCCCUCUGACCACUAGCAACCCCACCCAAUGGUGGUACGCAAACAUCACCCACAACGGUGAAUCGUCUUAUCUGUCGUCCGACUUGAAGGAUGGAUACUCGGUUUUCCGCAACGUCGUGACUGACUUUGGCGCCGAUAACACCGGCGGCUCGGACGCCUCGGCGGCCAUCCAAAAGGCCAUUAAUGCUGGCUCUGGCGACACCGCAAGAGGAACGCAAGACACCUAUGGAACCACCAAGCAACCUGCUCUGGUCUAUCUCCCACCGGGCACAUACCUGAUGUCUGACAGCUUGCAGCUCUAUGUCGGCACUGUUCUUGUCGGUGAUGCUCUCAACCCGCCUACUCUCAAGGCUUCAGCCGACUUCCCCAACGACCACAUCAUCUAUGCAAAAGACCCGAACUUUGGUGGUACCAUCAACUUUUACAUCGGUAUCAAGAACUUGGUCAUCGAUUCGACAUCCGUCAACGCCAACACUUCUCUCACCCUUAUUGACUGGACAGUCAGCCAGGCCACCCAGCUCGCCAAUGUCGUCUUUAACAUGCCCGAUUACUCCACCGGCCACACCGGAAUCACCUCGCAGUAUGACUCCAACAGUAAUGUUAUCCUGAACGACUUGACUUUUAAUGGCGGUGCCUACGGUAUCAACAUGACCGGCCAGCAAUGGAUCUUCAAGAACAUCAAGACAAACGGUACUACCACCGGUUUGAAAGCCAGCGGAUUUAGUGUUGUCUGCUUGUCUUGCUCUUUCGCAAAUGCCGGAACUGGCAUUGACGCCAGCGUUGUCUCCGGCGUGUUGUCCGUGAUUGAUUCGACUGGUACUGGCGUCGGAAACCUAAUCAGCGGAACGAGCAGCAGCGGUGCUGGAAACUCCAUCGUCCUCGAGAAUGUUUCAAACAGCGGAACAACGGUCUCGAUCGAUGGAAAUGCUGUGGUUACCGAUGAUGUGACCGACACCUGGGUAUAUGGCUCUCUGUACACAAGCGGUAGCUCUGAUGGCGGACAUGUGGAUGGCCAGAAGGUGACCACCGCGCGCUCAUCCAGCCUUCUCAACAACAAGGAAUACUACACGACGACUUCGCCACCUGCUUUCCAGGAAUACUCCGUCGACCAAGUGCUUAACGUCAAGUCGGUCAGCGACCUACCUGUGAAAGGUGACGGUGUUACCGACGACUCGGAAAACAUCAACAAGAUUUUGGCGCAGAACGCCGGUUGCAAGGUGAUUUACUUCCCUGCCGGAACAUACAUUCUGAACAACACUGUGACCAUCCCCGCUGGUUCUCGUAUCUAUGGCGAUGCUUUCGCUACGUCCUUCUCUGCCCAAGGCGACAACUACUUCAACCCAUCCGCCCCAACAGCGAUGGUGAAGGUCGGAAAUGCAGGUGAUGUCGGAGUUGCCCAGAUCGUUGAUAUCAUGUUCACGGUUGCAGAUGUUCUGCAAGGUUGCAAAUUGCUUGAAGUAAAUAUUGCCGGCAACAGCCCUGGAGAUGUCGGCCUUUGGAAUUCACACUUCCGCAUUGGCGGUGGAGCAGGAAGUGCUGUCGAGACCAACUGCGGUGGCUCGCCUGACCAGUGCAAAGCCGCUUGGGGUUUGAUUCAUCUCACCAACACAUCCUCUGCCUACAUCGAGAACAUGUGGGGAUGGACUGCCGAUCAUGACUUGGACGGUGGCAACAAGCAGUUCAUCUCCACUGCUCGUGGUAUGCUCGUUGAAGCCACCAAAGGCACAUGGUUGGUUGGAACCGCCAUGGAGCACCACACUCUUUACCAAUACAACUACAACAAUGCCCAGAAUGUCUUUUCUGCGUUCCAGCAAAGUGAGACUCCCUACUGGCAAGGACCUGGCAACGAUGCCGCUCCUGUCCCAUGGGACGACUCUUUGAUUGCAUCCGAUCCUGACUUCAGCAACUGUGCUUCCGACGACAGUCUUUGCCGCAUGGCCUUCUUCGAGCACAUUUCCGGCUCAUCUGACCUUUUCCUGUACAACGGUAUGGUCUGGGCCUUUUUCAAUAACUACGACGGCUCCAGUGGCCCCUGCGACAGUGGCGAUUGCCAGCAGAACGCGGUCGGAAUCUCUAGCUCUUCAUCUCUGUACCUUUAUGGCCAACAGGUCAAGAGCGUCAGCAACAUCUUUUUAGAGGAUGGAAAUGCCGUUGCUACGUCGUCUUCUAACGGCGGUGGAUGGGGAGGAGUUGUUGCCGCCGAAUCCUCAACCAUGACAACAGACGGGCCUAUUCUGCCUGUUCCAGGCCAGCGUAAUGUUCUCAUUACCAGUGCUCUUCCCUACGUCAACAAUGUCCCUCAUCUGGGCAAUGUGAUUGGAAGUGUGCUCCCCGCAGACGUCUUUGCUCGCUACAACCGGGCCCGAGGGUUCCCCACGCUGUAUAUCUGCGGUUCGGAUGAGUAUGGCACUGCUACAGAGACAAAAGCCCUUGAGGAAGGGGUGACACCGGAGGAACUGUGUGCGAAAUACCACGCGAUUCACAAGAGCAUCUAUGAUUGGUUCAAAAUCGAAUUCGACAUCUUCGGCCGAACACCAACUGCACAACAGACGAAAAUCGUGCAGGAGAUCUUCCGCGGCCUUUGGGACAACGGAUAUAUUGAGGAGCGGGAAACCACCCAACCUUACUGCCCCGUUGAAGGGCACGCAUCCUUCCUUGCGGACCGAUUCGUGGAGGGAGAAUGCAGCAUCUGCGGUGAUCCAGGUGCCCGUGGAGACCAGUGUGACAAAUGUGGAAACCUGUUAGAUCCUCUGGAGCCGGAGGUCAAGACCGGUAACGACCAGGAGCAGGAUGUGGAGGCCAAGGCUACUGGCUGGUUGGUCAACCCGCGCUGCAAGCUUGAUGGCGCCACACCUGAGAAACGUACAACCAAGCAUCUUUAUUUGCGCCUGGAUGCCUUAAAGGACAAGAUUGUACCUUGGUUUGAAAAGGUUAGCAAGGAGAACGAAUGGAGUACCAAUACGACUUCGAUCGUGCAGUCAUGGAUUGACAAGGGCCUCAAACCCCGCGCUAUCACCCGUGAUAUCAAAUGGGGUGUCCCAAUCCCCACUGGAUUGAACGGGCUCGAUGAUGAGGCAUACAAGAACAAAGUGUUUUAUGUCUGGUUUGAUGCAUGCAUUGGCUACGUAUCAAUCACCGCCAACUAUACGGAUGGAACCAACCUGGAAAGUACUCAAUGGGAAAAAUGGUGGAGAAACCCCGAGGACGUGUCGCUUUACCAAUUCAUGGGCAAGGACAAUGUACCUUUCCACUCGAUCAUCUUCCCAGCCUCGCAGCUCGGCGAUGGGGGCCAUUGGACUAAAGUACACAGGAUUUCGGCCACUGAAUAUCUCAACUAUGAAGGUGGAAAGUUUAGUAAAUCCAAGGGCAUUGGUAUCUUUGGUAGCAGUGCCAAGGAAACAGGCAUUGAUGCCGAUAUCUGGCGCUUCUACCUUAUCUCAAGGAGACCUGAAACUAACGACACUGAAUUCAAAUGGGAUGACUUCGUCAAUAUCAACAACAACGAACUUCUCAAGAACUUGGGCAACCUAGUUGCACGCGUCAUCAAGUUCUGUCAUGCAAAGAUGGGAGCGGAGGUCCCGAAGUAUACCGAUGCCUCCUUUCUUGCCGACCAUGAGAAGCAGGUCAAUGAGCACUUGAAAUCAUACAUUACUUUUAUGGACGCCACCAAAAUGCGUCAAGCCAUUGUAGAGUUCAUGCAGAUCUCAUCUUUGGGCAACAAGUUGCUGCAAGACAACAAACUCGACAACCGGCUAUUCACCGAGGAGCCAGAUCGCUGUGCUGCCGUCAUUAGCACCGCUCUGAACCACAUUCAUCUCCUUGCUAGCAUCCUCGCACCAUUCAUGCCCAGCACCUCCGAGUCCAUCUUCAAACAACUCGGAGCCGAACCAAUAGCACGCAUACCCGAUACAUGGUCCACCGAUGCGCUUAAAUCAGGCCACAAGCUCGGCGAAUCCAAACUCCUAUUCUCCUUGAUCCCUGCCACCAAGAUCGAAGAAUGGCGUGAGGCCUUUGGCGGCGAAGAAGCCCGAAAACAGAAAGCCCUCGAGGCCGAAAAGGCCGCAGCUAAGAAAGCCGCCAAGGAGCGAGAGAAGGAGAAGAAGAGACUCAAGAAGGAGGCCGCAGCCAAGGUUGCCGCGGAGGCGGCCAAUGCGACGGCGAGUUCGCUUGAGACGAAAUUGACCAUAGAUGACGGCCAGAAGAGUCUCCCUUGA